AUGAUGUGUAACUUGAUAGUGGAUGGUAUUGGAUACAGCUUUGGAGUCUUCCUCUCCGAGUUUGUUGAUGCUUUCAAGGAGCCCAAGAGUAAGGUGUCACUGGUUGGGUCACUCCUUUGUGGUACAUACCUGUUUGCUGGUCCUGUUGUGAGUGCUAUGACCAAUAAAUAUGGCUGCCGUCCUGUUGUUAUUGCUGGCAGCUGUAUUGCCACAGUGGCUUUUAUCCUGGCCACUUUCUCACCAAAUAUUGAGAUAAUGAUGCUGACUUAUGGAGUUCUUGGUGGUUUCGGACUUGGGAUGGUCUACCUACCCUCCAUCGUCAGUGUUGGAUACUACUUUGAGAAAAAGAGAGCCUUUGCCACCGGCCUAGCAGUCUGUGGGUCAGGUCUGGGCACCUUUAUCUUCCCUCCACUCAGUGAAAUCUUGCUCCUGGAGUUCAGCUGGAAAGGGGGGCUACUCAUAAUAGCUGGAAUUAUCUUUCAUGCUAGUAUAUUCGGUGCUUUGAUGCGACCACUCACAGCAGCACCAUCUGCCAGAACUAAGAAAAAGCCAAGAGCCAAAACAUUUGUGGACAGACUGAAGGAAACACAUAAUCGAGACAGGUCGGUCUCUGAGAGCAGCAAUGCUAAUCAUUCUGUUGGCGACAGCAACAAGAUUCAGGAGAGGGUGAUGUUGGCCAAACUACAAAGAGAGAAACACUUGCAGGACACAGAUUCAGACACAGGGUCUCUGCCCAGUAUAGCUUUCAUCAAGAAAGGGCACACUGGGCAUGGGGACAAUAGGAGGUUCAGUGGGGGAAUUCCAGUGGCAGGGGAGUCAUAUGGGGGCCGGCUGUCGGUGAGUAGCACUGGCAAUUCUGGCAACUCGCCAGCAAAAGAGAUCCCAAACUCCCCCAAAUUCACAUCUGUCAUUCCUACUACUCCACAAGCAGAGGUCAAAGGUGACAGGAGAGAUCACAAUGAUGGCAGCAUAUCACCAGAUUCUGAUAGUGAUGCCCGACUUCCUGGCACCGUCAACCUGAAUGUGACGAACGAUGGCACAAGCACUGAUGAUUAUUUCACCCCACCUGUUUCACCUGCAAAUACAGUUCAGAACACACCAAGGAAAGAUCAUGAUGCAGGCAGUGAUCAGGAAACACCAGAAAACUGUGACCACAAACUGACCAAUGGAAUCACCCAGAACACAGUCAGUGAGCUGGUCCCACUUAUUGAAGUCCCUGCCCCUGUCAUUCGACCUGGAGGUUACCGUGCUGGUAGCUAUGGAGGAAGUCGCACAAACGUGAUGAACCUCCAAAGUAUGACAUCCCUUCACGUUUCCAAAAAAGACCUGGCACGACCUUUAUACCGCAAAGACAUUUUCUACAGUGGCAGCGUGUUAAAUAUCCCACAAUUCCGGUCUCAGCCAGACAUGAAAAGCUACAUCACAAGCAUCACUACAAUCCCCGGAGAAAUGGAGUUUGUAGAAGGUCCCAGUCCAUCUUCUAAAUUUAUUAACACAGUCUGCAGCUGCUUGCCCAGGCCGGCACGUGACAUCCUCAGUGAGAUGGCCGAUGUGUCUUUGUUCAAGGACAUCAGUUUUAUGUUGAUAUGUCUGGGCAAUGUGGCAGCUUUCCUAGGCUUCUAUAUUCCCUUUAUGUUCCUGGUUGAUCGCUCAGUCUCUCUGGGUGUCGAUAAAACUCAGGCUACUUUUCUCAUAUCCAUAAUUGGCAUAACAAACACAGUUGGCAGGGUAGCAAUUGGCAAACUGGCAGAUCUGCAUAUCAUUGAUAGUCUGGUGAUCACCUACAUCUCCAUUGCCCUCUGUGGACUAGUCACUGGCCUUGUGCCAUUCUGUAACACAUACCCACUGCUGGCAACCAAUGCUGCUGUGUUUGGCCUGGGCAUGGCUGCCUACAUAUCCCUGUCAUCCAUCAUCAUAUGUGACCGCAUGGGCUUGGAGAAACUGACCAAUGCUUUCGGUCUUCUGUCUAUGGUCAGGGGGAUCGCUGGAAUGUUGGGUCCACCUCUAGCAGGUUUCAUGUAUGACUCUUCUGGAUCAUAUGACUUGUCUUUCUUCAUGGGUGGACUUUUGCUGUUUAUCGGAGCUGCCUGCCAUGUUCUCCUGCAUCUUCCCUCUCUAAGGUCACGCCGUUUGGACAAGGUUGCAGUAGAAGAAGUUGCCAGAGAUGAAGUUCUACAAAUAAUUGGCUCAAAGCCACAGAUUGUUACAAUUGAAGAGGCUUUGUCUUCUGGGUAG